ACGCCCUGCUCAGCGCCUCAGCCCCUCCCACUCACAGCCCCCAUUCUAUUCGAUUCUUCAUUCGAGCGUGACGACUGAUGAGCGUCUCUGUUCAGAGAGCCAGCGCGAGAGGAGAGAGUGAGAGACGGAGACCCUUUGGCCUUCAGUUCUGGCCUUCGUGAGUUCGUCGUCAACCCUUCGGGCUUUGAACCAGUAGGAGCUUUUGCUACAGAAUACCCUUCGUCUUUAUUUUAUGAAAAAGAACGCACGCGGGUCCUGCCUGCAAAUCCAGCUUCCUCUAGAUCUUGGCUCCCCAACAGCAGAUUGUUGGUCUUCUUUUUCUUUCUUUUUUUCUUCGUUCGAUCGCCGAGCAAGCUUGUGGUUUAGCAUGCCCUAGUUUUGGACUUAGGGCUGGUUUUACCAUUCUUUGGGCGGGAUUGUGUCAUGAUGGCCAGAACCAAAUAGAGCCUCAGAGCAUUUGAAGUAGUUGUGUGGUCGAAUGGCUGGUGCAGCUGGUGGGUUUGUAACCCGAGCAUUUGAGUCUAUGCUUAAGGAAUGCUCAGGGAAAAAAUAUGGUGCCCUGCAAAAGGCUGUUCAAACUUAUUUAGAUAGUGGAAAAGAGCCCAAUAAGCACUCUGUUUCUGGUGAGACAAAUCAAUUGGGAUCUUUGUCUGGAGAUGCGAGUUUGGCUGAAACUGAUGUUGGAGUUUCAAAGAAUGGACAAGAUCCUUCAGAAGCUGUUCCUAGUAAGGUUGGGGAGCCAGAAAAUAUUAGUCGGCCUGUAGGCAUGGGUGUAACUAUUAAUGCUGUCUUGUCAAAUGCUGGGCACACCUUAGAAGGUGCUGAGGCAGAGCUUGUUCUGAAUCCACUGAAACUUGCAUUUGAGACACAGAAUUUGAAAGUUCUCGAACUUGCUUUGGACUGCUUUCAUAAACUCAUCGCUUAUGAUCAUUUGGAGGGUGAUCCUGGUCUGGAUGGUGGUAGAAAUGCUAUGCUGUUUACAGGCCUUUUAAAUAUGGUUUGCAGUUGCGUCAAUAAUUCAUCACCUGACAGUACUAUUUUGCAAGUCUUGAAGGUGCUUCUUACUGCCGUGGCAUCCUCCAAGUUCAGAGUACAUGGGGAACCUUUGCUGGGUGUUAUCAGAGUAUGCUACAAUAUUGCCCUCAAUAGCAAGAGUCCUAUAAACCAAGCAACAUCGAAGGCAAUGUUGACCCAGAUGAUCAGCAUCAUAUUCAGGCGAAUGGAAACUGAUCUGGAUGUUAGUAGUGUUCCCCAAGGACUUCAGAUAAGUACUUCAUCUGGUUCUGCUCUGCAUCCGGAAACUGUUUCAGCUGAGGAUUCAAACUUGGUGAUUGAAGAAAUUUUCUCAGGCGACGACAAUGAGAAAGCAAUAACUCUAGGAGACGCACUUUUGAUGGGCCAGGUCAAAGACUUGUCUCUUGCAUCAGUUGAGGAACUCCAAAAUCUCGCAGGUGGCGCUGAUAUCAAGGGUUUAGAAGCUGUUCUUGACAAGGCUGUGCAUAUUGAAGAUGGUAAAAAAAUAAUACGGGGAAUCGACCUUGAGAGCAUGGCCAUUGGACAACGUGAUGCUUUACUGCUAUUUCGCACCCUUUGCAAGAUGGGUAUGAAGGAAGACAAUGAUGAAAUGACAACCAAGACAAGAAUAUUGUCUCUCGAGCUUCUUCAGGGGUUACUGGAAGGGGUUAGCCAUUCAUUUACAAAAAAUUUCCAUUUCAUUGACUCGGUGAAGGCGUACCUUUCAUAUGCUUUGUUGCGAGCAGCAGUUUCUCAAUCUCCAGUUAUUUUUCAGUAUGCAACUGGAAUUUUCUCAGUGCUUCUGUUGCGAUUCAGGGAAAGUCUUAAAGGUGAAAUUGGCAUUUUUUUCCCCUUGAUAGUUCUGCGGUCAUUGGAGGUGUCAGAUUGCCCCCCAAACCAAAGAAUGAGUGUUCUCCAGAUGCUUGAAAAAGUUUGCAAGGAUCCCCAGAUGCUCUUUGAUGUAUUUGUGAACUAUGACUGUGAUCUUGAGGCACCAAACUUGUUUGAACGCAUGGUGACCACAUUAUCUAAAAUAGCUCAAGGGAGUCAAAAUGCGGAUCCAAACUCUGUUGCUGUAUCCCAGGGAGCGUCAAUUAAAGGUUCAUCACUUCAGUGCCUUGUAAAUGUGCUUAAAUCAUUGGUUGAUUGGAAGAAGUCGCAUAGAGAAUUAAACAAGCUGAGUAAAAGAAAUCAGUCUUUGGAGGGAGAAGUUUCAGGCAGAGAAUCUAUUGAGGUAAAAGGCAGGGAAGAUGUACCUGGUAACUUUGAGAAGGCAAAGGCUCAUAAAUCUACUCUGGAAACUGCCAUCUCCGAGUUCAACAGGCAACCAGGAAAGGGUGUAGAUUAUCUGAUAUCAAAUAGGUUGGUGGAAAAUUCACCUGCAUCAGUGGCUGAAUUUUUUAGGAAUACUUCCAGUUUGGACAAGGCUAUGAUUGGGGAUUACUUGGGUCAACAUGAAGAGUUUCCCCUUGCUGUUAUGCAUGCUUAUGUAGAUUCUAUGAAGUUUUCGGGAAUGAAGUUUGGUGCUGCCAUACGCGAAUUUCUUAAGGGAUUCCGACUUCCAGGGGAAGCUCAGAAGAUAGAUCGUAUCAUGGAAAAGUUUGCUGAGCGCUAUUGUGCGGAUAAUCCUGGUCUCUUCAAAAAUGCCGAUACUGCAUAUGUUCUUGCAUAUGCAGUUAUCAUGUUGAAUACUGAUGCGCAUAACCCAAUGGUUUGGCCAAAAAUGUCCAAAUCUGAUUUCAUACGUAUGAAUGCCAUGAAUGAUGCUGAAGAGUGUGCUCCUAAGGAUCUCUUGGAGGAAAUAUAUGAUUCUAUUGUCAAGGAAGAGAUAAAAAUGAAGGCGGACGCUACUGGUAUUGGGAGAAGUAGUAAGCAAAAAACAGAAGGGGAAGAAAGAGGUCGGCUUGUCAGUAUUCUUAAUCUGGCUCUUCCUAGAAGAAAGUCAUCAACUGAUGCAAAGUCUGAGAGUGAAGCUAUUAUUAAACAAACACAGGCUAUAUUCCGUAGUCAAGGGGCAAAAAGAGGAGUUUUCUAUGCUUCACAGGAGAUUGAACUUGUUCGUCCCAUGAUAGAAGCUGUGGGUUGGCCUUUGCUUGCAGCUUUUUCUGUUACAUUGGAAGAAGGAGAAAAUAAACCAAGAAUUGCUCUCUGUAUGGAGGGAUUCAGAGCUGGAAUACACAUUACACAUGUUCUUGGAAUGGAUACCAUGCGCUAUGCUUUUCUAACUUCCUUAAUCAGAUUUACUUUCCUGCAUGCCCCAAAGGAGAUGCGAAGUAAGAAUGUGGAAGCAUUGCGGAAUUUAUUGGCUUUAUGCGACUCAGAGGCAGACUCUCUUCAAGACACAUGGAAUGCAGUUUUGGAAUGUGUUUCUCGGCUUGAGUUUAUAACAUCAACUCCUGCUAUUGCUGCAACGGUCAUGCAUGCCUCAAACCAAAUCUCUAGGGAUGCUAUUCUUCAAUCUCUAAGAGAAUUGGCUGGAAAGCCGGCUGAACAAGUAUUUGUGAAUAGUGUUAAAUUGCCCAGUGAUUCAGUUGUAGAAUUUUUCACAGCUCUAUGUGGUGUAUCUGCUGAAGAACUGAAACAAACCCCUGCUCGUGUUUUCAGCUUGCAAAAGCUUGUUGAGAUAAGCUAUUAUAACAUGGCACGCAUUCGUUUGGUCUGGGCAAGAAUAUGGUCUGUCCUUUCUAAUCAUUUUAUUUCUGCUGGAAGCCAUCCUGAUGAGAAGAUUUCUAUGUAUGCAAUUGAUUCUCUGAGGCAGCUUGGUAUGAAGUAUUUGGAGCGUGCUGAGCUUACCAAUUUCACUUUCCAGAAUGACAUAUUAAAACCAUUUGUUGUUCUUAUGCGGAAUAGUCGAAGCGAGACCAUAAGGAGCCUCAUAGUUGACUGCAUUGUUCAAAUGAUAAAAUCAAAGGUUGGAAGUAUAAAGUCAGGAUGGCGAAGUGUUUUUAUGAUUUUUACAGCUGCUGCAAAUGAUGAAUUGGAAUCAAUUGUUGAAAGUGCAUUUGAGAAUGUUGAACAAGUCAUUUUAGAGCACUUCGAUCAGGUUGUUGGGGAUUGCUUUAUGGAUUGUGUCAACUGUCUUAUUGGUUUUGCCAAUAAUAAAAGUUCUCCCCGCAUAAGCUUAAAGGCUAUUGCUCUCCUGCGUAUAUGUGAGGAUCGUCUUGCUGAGGGUCUUAUUCCAGGCGGUGCUUUGAAGCCUAUUGAUGUUAAUGUGGAUGCAAAUUUUGAUGUAACUGAACAUUAUUGGUUCCCAAUGUUGGCUGGUUUAUCUGACCUGACUUUAGAUCCCAGAGCAGAGGUUAGAAGCUGUGCAUUGGAGGUUUUGUUUGAUUUGCUUAAUGAGAGAGGUAGCAAGUUCUCAUCACCAUUUUGGGAGAGCAUAUUCCAUCGUGUCCUGUUUCCCAUUUUUGAUCAUGUGAGACACGUUGGAAAAGACUCCUUGAUUUCUUCUGGAGAUGAGUGGCUUCGUCAAACCAGUGUUCACUCACUUCAGCUGCUGUGCAACCUUUUCAACACAUUUUACAAGGAGGUCUGUUUUAUGCUGCCACCAUUAUUGAGUCUUCUUUUGGAUUGUGCUAAGAGGACAGACCAGUCUGUUGUAUCAAUCUCCCUUGGUGCAUUGGUGCAUCUAAUAGAAGUUGGAGGGCACCAAUUCAGCGAAAGUGACUGGGAUACCUUGUUGAAUAGCAUACGAGAUGCUUCAUACACAACACAACCCCUUGAGCUGCUCAAUGAUUUGGGAUUUGAACACCCAAGGAAUCGUACGUUGUUAACCAGAGAUACAGAAGUUGAUACUGGUGAUACUUCUUCCCUUAAGUCUGUUAACAUUGAAAGAGUUGGGAGCCAUCAGGUUGACGCCGUUGGUGGUGAAAAUAUAUCUCCCAUUGACACUGCAAGUUCAAAGAAUCAAAAUGCAUCAGUCAUGCCGAAUCCCGAUCACGAACAAGGGUUGCAGAUCAACUUGGACAAAUCUGAAGGCCUACCAUCACCAUCAGGAAGAGUUCAGGGUCCUCCUGGAGCUGGAGGCCUCCAACAGAGUCAAACAAUAGGUCAGAGGAUUAUGGGAAAUAUGAUGGAAAAUCUCUUCCUCAGAAGUCUUACUUAUAAAUCCAAGGGUCGUCCUUCAGAUGCUUCUGUGCCAUCUUCUCCUAUCAAGCCUCCUGACGCUUCAGAGCCUGAUGCUAAAUAUGAAGAGGAAAGUUCCUUGCUGGGAACUGUUAGGGGCAAAUGCACCACUCAGUUAUUACUUUUAGGUGCCAUUGAUUGCAUUCAGAAGAAGUACUGGAGCAAGCUAAAGGCGCCACAGAAGAUUGCUAUAAUGGAUAUUUUGUUAUCUUUGUUAGAAUUUGCUGCUUCAUAUAAUUCAUAUACAAGCCUGAGGAUGCGAAUGCACCACAUUCCAGCUGAAAGGCCACCUUUGAAUCUACUUCGACAGGAAUUAGCAGGAACUUGCAUUUAUCUGGAUAUCUUACAAAAGACAACUUCAGGAUUUAAUGCUGAAAGGAAGCAAGAUUCUGAAGACAAGGCUUCAGAAGAUUUCGAUAUCUCUUCUGUAAAAAAUGACUCAAGUUUUAGCAAGCAUUAUGAUGCUGAUGAAAAACUUGAAAGAAUAGCAGAAGAGAAGCUGGUGUCUUUCUGUGGACAAAUACUAAGGGAGGCAUCUGAUCUCCAAUCAUCUGUUGGCGAAAAUAUUAAUAUGGAUAUUCAUCGAGUUUUGGAGUUGCGUUCACCAAUCAUUAUUAAGGUGCUCAAAGGCAUGUGCUUUAUGAACAAUCAGAUUUUCAAAAGACAUCUGAGAGAGUUCUAUCCGUGGAUUACAAAACUUGUAUGCUGUGACCAGAUAGACGUCCGUGGUGCUCUUGGCGAUCUUUUCAGCAUGCAGUUAGGUGCACUUUUGCAAUAGUCAUUUUUGGUUAAUUGAGGUUUCCCGAAGGAGUGGUUUUCAGAUCUUUAGGCAGCUAAGACAUUGAAGAUAGCGUUGUUCACUAAUUCUUUAAGAUUUUCUAGUUUAAUGAUGCAAUUUUGUUUGUGUAUGCAAUGAUUUUUUUAUUGUUACUUAUCUUAAUUUUUUAGUAAAAAACUACGACGAUUUUGUUCUUGGUAAUUUCAAUAUUUGAAUUUUGAUGCU